GGAGUGGCAUCUGGGGAGCAUCUGCCCUCGCCAGGCGCGGUGUGGACAAAGAGUGGUUCUCAUACAACUUAUGAGCUGUCCCUGUGAUAUCCGUGAAUGCUGGCAUUUUGCCAUUCCCAGCUGGUGACCCCUUUUUAACCAGAGCUAAUGACCCUGUUCGCGUGCCGUAUGGGAUGCGAGGUGUAGGGACCACUCGACCGUCGUCACGCCCUUUGCCUUGCAAUUAGUCAUUAGGUAGGUACCAAUCUGCUGGGAGCCAGAAGACAGUGAUUCUUGGGACCAAUAAAAACAAGCCUGAAAAUGAAGAAGCAGUUCUUUCGGGUCAAGCAGCUUGCAGACCAGGCCAUUGCCAGGGCGGAGCGCUCCGAGGUGAUGACCGAGGACCUGGCCGCGUCCGAGCGGCGCGUGGAGGCGCUCCGCGGCAGUUGCGGCGUCAUCAGGAAGCGGCUCUCCGAGUCCCUCUCCGGCCACGGCUCCGACGAUGCCGGCAAGCGGCUGCGUAAGAUCCCGGAGCACCAGCUGGGAUCGGCCAUGAAGGAGGGCGCCGGCCUGGUCGGGGUGGAGACGCUGGUCGGAGCCAUCAUGAACGAGUGCGGCGAGGCGCAGACGAAGCUGGCGCAGGAGCGCCUCAGCUACGAGCAGGAGCUGGAGAUGACCGUGCUGGACAACAGCGUGCUGCAGCAGCUGCUGGACACCGACAUCCCCAACGUCACCAAGCUGCGCAAGACGCUGUCCAAGCUCACGCUGGACAUGGACGCCACCCGGAGCAGGUACCAGAGCGCCCAGCGUCACACGGUGGGCGCCGUGACGGCGUCCGGCCAGCAGCUGAGGGACGAGCUGGAGGCGGCCCAGGUCAAGGUCGAGCAGCACCGGGACGUGCUGGCCGGCGACAGUUUCCAGCUGCUGAGCCGGGAGCCGGAGCUGGCGCAGCUGAUGCUGCACCUGGUCAAGCUGCAGACGGAGCACUACCGCAGCUGCCUGCAGCUGCUGGAGGCCACCAUCCCCGGCUUGCAGGCCAGCCUCAACGCCGCGGCCGUGAAGCCCGUGUUCGGCCUCUCGCUGGAGGAGCACCUGCGCGUCACCAACCGGCAGGUGGCGCUGCCGCUCGAGAUGUGCGUCUGCCGCCUCCUCCAGAUCGGCGCCGAUGAGGAGGGUCUCUUCAGGGUGGCCGGCAGCACCUCCAAGGCGCGGAAGCUGAAGAGCUGCUUCGACGCCGGCCUGGUGGACGCGGCGCACAUGCUGGACUACCUGGACCCGCACGUGGUGGCCGACGCGCUGAAGGCGUACCUGCGCGACCUGCCCGAGCCGCUGAUGACGACAGACUUCUACGACGAGUGGAUGACCUCCGCCCGGGUACAGGAGGAAGGUGCGCGACUGCAGGCGCUCUGGCAGGUGCUGCACCAGCUGCCCGAGGCGCACUACACCAACCUGCGCUACCUCAUCAAGUUCUUGGCGCUGCUCUGCAAAAACAAACAGGUCAACAAGAUGACCACGCAGAACAUGGCCAUCGUGAUGGCGCCGAACCUGCUGUGGACGCGGCUGGAGGAGGGCUUCAACAUGACGGCCACCGGCACCCACAGCCUGGUGGUGGACUCGCUGAUAGCGCACUGCGACUGGUUCUUCCCCGAAGACGUGGAUUUCUUCAUCACCUACCCUCGCGAAGUAACGACUGAAACCUCACCGACGCCGGACUCCCCCAUGCUCGGCAAUGGCGUUGUCCGCUCUCAAGGCCACCACCGCUCGAAGAGCAGCGACAGUGGCGUGAUCGCGGUGGACUCGUCC